AUUUAUUCAGAAUCUAUUCUCCUCGAGCUAGAACCCUAAUUUAUCUCUCUGUAACCGCCGGUUGGAGAAGUUAGAGGCGAUAAUGGACGGCGGAGGAGAAGACGCGUCUAAAGUAAUCCACGUGAAGUUCGUGACGAAGCUUGACUCACCGUUCCAAGUUCCGUCCAGCUCCGUGGUUAUCCCUUCCAAUGUCACUCGUCUCGGUCUCUCCUCCAUCGUCAACUCUCUUCUCACUCUCGAGAAACAUGAGGCAUUUGACUUUUUGAUCGAUGGGGAGCUUAUUCGAAUGUCACUUGAACAGUUUCUUCUCGCCAAGGGAAUCUCAGCGGAACGAACUCUUGAAAUAGAAUACAUAAGGGCUGUGGCGCCACGGAAGGAGGAGAAACCUUCAUUGCAUGAUGACUGGGUCAGUGCUGUUGAUGGUUCUUCGUCCAGAUUCAUUUUGACCGGCUGCUAUGAUGGGUUAGGAAGGAUAUGGAGCUCUCCUGAGUCGUGUACACACAUUUUAGAAGGCCACUCUGGGGCAAUCUCUUCUAUUGCCUUUGUUAACUCCGAAGGUGCAGAAAAUGUUACUGUAGCAACUGCCGCUAAAGAUCGAACAUUGAGAUUGUUUAAGGUUGAUACAGCUGAAUCUGGUGACCCUACUACAAGAGUUGGGGCUUACAAAAUAUUACGUGGGCACAAGGCGUCGGUGGCAAGUGUUGCAGCUCAGAAAUACGGGAGCAAGAUUUGCUCGGGUUCAUGGGAUUGCACGAUCAAUUUAUGGGACACAGAUGAGGCUACUUCAGAGUUGUCAGUAGCAGGGAAGAGAAGAAAAGGGAAUAAUCAGGCCGAGGAAACUCAGUUAGAGGGAGAAGCGGAGAGUACAUUUGUUGGACACACACAGUGUGUCUCAUCAGUUGUUUGGCCGGAGCAUGAUGUGAUUUAUUCCUGUUCAUGGGACCAUUCUGUAAGGAGAUGGGAUGUUCCCACAGGGAAAGAAUCUUUGAACUUGUUCUGUGGAAAAGCUCUCAACACGGUAGAUGUUGGAGGUGAAGGCUCUGCGCUUGUAGCUGCUGGUGGGUCAGAUCCAAUACUUAGAGUAUGGGAUCCUCGUAAGCCUGGAACAUCUGCUCCAGUGUUUCAAUUUGCUUCACACGCAUCAUGGAUUUCCGCCUGUAAAUGGCACAAAAGCUCUUGGUUUCACUUGCUCUCAGCUUCAUAUGAUGGCAAAAUCAUGCUCUGGGAUCUCAGAACCGCUUGGCCUUUGUCAGUGAUCGACACUCACAAGGAUAAGGUUUUAUGUGCUGACUGGUGGAAAGGAGACAGCGUAGUGAGCGGAGGAGCAGACUCUAACCUUCGAAUCUCUUCCGGAAUCUCAAUUUCUUAAGAAUAUGUGGUACUCAGAAAACACCAAAGAUUCUCUGUUCCUGACCUGGUUCAUCAAAAGUUCCCGAUCAUGGAAUGAGAUUGUUGUAAGUUCUGCUAGAGAAAGCUUACUGAUGGUUUUGCAUACUCUUUUUCAUAUUUUUGGUGGGAAUGAAUGUUGUUUUUGUUUUUAAUACCGAUUUAUUAAAAAAAUGUAUUUGCUUA